AUGGUGGUGAUGAUUUCGAUGACGGCGAUGAUGAUGGUGGUGAUGGAGAUGGCGAAUUCGACGAAAUUGAUGAGUGUGUUGACGACCAUCAUGGUGACCUUGAGGAUGACCUUGAGAAUGAAUGUGAGUCAGCUGAUGGUGAUCAUGAUUUUGAAGAUGGUGGUGAUGAUUUCGAUGACGGCGAUGAUGAUGGUGGUGAUGGAGAUGGCGAAUUCGACGGAAUUGAUGAGUGUGUUGACGACCAUCAUGGUGACCUUGAGGAUGACCUUGAGAAUGAAUGUGAGUCAGCUGAUGGUGAUCAUGAUUUUGAAGAUGGUGGUGAUGAUUUCGAUGACGGCGAUGAUGAUGGUGGUGAUGGAGAUGGCGAAUUCGACGAAAUUGAUGAGUGUGUUGACGACCAUCAUGGUGACCUUGAGGAUGACCUUGAGAAUGAAUGUGAGUCAGCUGAUGGUGAUCAUGAUUUUGAAGAUGGUGGUGAUGAUUUCGAUGACGGCGAUGAUGAUGGUGGUGAUGGAGAUGGCGAAUUCGACGAAAUUGAUGAGUGUGUUGACGACCAUCAUGGUGACCUUGAGGAUGACCUUGAGAAUGAAUGUGAGUCAGCUGAUGGUGAUCAUGAUUUCGAAGAUGGUGGUGAUGAUUUCGAUGACGGCGAUGAUGAUGGUGGUGAUGGAGAUGGCGAAUUCGACGAAAUCGAUGAGUGUGUUGACGACCAUCAUGGUGACCUUGAGGAUGACCUUGAGAAUGAAUGUGAGUCAGCUGAUGGUGAUCAUGAUUUUGAAGAUGGUGGUGAUGAUUUCGAUGACGGCGAUGAUGAUGGUGGUGAUGGAGAUGGCGAAUUCGACGAAAUUGAUGAGUGUUUUGACGACCAUCAUGGUGACCUUGAGGAUGACCUUGAGAAUGAAUGUGAGUUAGUUGAUGGUGAUCAUGAUUUUGAAGAUGGUGGUGAUGAUUUCGAUGACGGCGAUGAUGAUGGUGGUGAUGGAGAUGGCGAAUUCGACGGAAUUGAUGAGUGUGUUGACGACCAUCAUGGUGACCUUGAGGAUGACCUUGAGAAUGAAUAUGUUGGUGAUGAUUUCGAUGACGGCGAUGAUGAUGGUGUUGAUGGAGAUGGCGAAUUCGACGAAAUCGAUGAGUGUGUUGACGACCAUCAUGGUGACCUUGAGGAUGACCUUGAGAAAGAAUGUGAGUCAGCUGAUGGUGAUCAUGAUUUCGAAGAUGGUGGUGAUGAUUUCGAUGACGGCGAUGAUGAUGGUGGUGAUGGAGAUGGCGAAUUCGACGGAAUUGAUGAGUGUGUUGACGACCAUCAUGGUGACCUUGAGGAUGACCUUGAGAAUGAAUGUGAGUCAGCUGAUGGUGAUCAUGAUUUUGAAGAUGGUGGUGAUGAUUUCGAUGACGGCGAUGAUGAUGGUGGUGAUGGAGAUGGCGAAUUCGACGAAAUUGAUGAGUGUGUUGACGACCAUCAUGGUGACCUUGAGGAUGACCUUGAGAAUGAAUAUGGUGGUGAUGAUUUCGAUGACGGCGAUGAUGAUGGUGGUGAUGGAGAUGGCGAAUUCGACGGAAUUGAUGAGUGUGUUGACGACCAUCAUGGUGACCUUGAGGAUGACCUUGAGAAUGAAUGUGAGUCAGCUGAUGGUGAUCAUGAUUUUGAAGAUGGUGGUGAUGAUUUCGAUGACGGCGAUGAUGAUGGUGGUGAUGGAGAUGGCGAAUUCGACGAAAUUGAUGAGUGUGUUGACGACCAUCAUGGUGACCUUGAGGAUGACCUUGAGAAUGAAUGUGAGUCAGCUGAUGGUGAUCAUGAUUUUGAAGAUGGUGGUGAUGAUUUCGAUGACGGCGAUGAUGAUGGUGGUGAUGGAGAUGGCGAAUUCGACGGAAUUGAUGAGUGUGUUGACGACCAUCAUGGUGACCUUGAGGAUGACCUUGAGAAUGAAUGUGAGUCAGCUGAUGGUGAUCAUGAUUUUGAAGAUGGUGGUGAUGAUUUCGAUGACGGCGAUGAUGAUGGUGGUGAUGGAGAUGGCGAAUUCGACGGAAUUGAUGAGUGUGUUGACGACCAUCAUGGUGACCUUGAGGAUGACCUUGAGAAUGAAUGUGAGUCAGCUGAUGGUGAUCAUGAUUUUGAAGAUGGUGGUGAUGAUUUCGAUGACGGCGAUGAUGAUGGUGGUGAUGGAGAUGGCGAAUUCGACGAAAUCGAUGAGUGUGUUGACGACCAUCAUGGUGACCUUGAGGAUGACCUUGAGAAUGAAUGUGAGUCAGCUGAUGGUGAUCAUGAUUUCGAAGAUGGUGGUGAUGAUUUCGAUGACGGCGAUGAUGAUGGUGGUGAUGGAGAUGGCGAAUUCGACGGAAUUGAUGAGUGUGUUGACGACCAUCAUGGUGACCUUGAGGAUGACCUUGAGAAUGAAUGUGAGUCAGCUGAUGGUGAUCAUGAUUUUGAAGAUGGUGGUGAUGAUUUCGAUGACGGCGAUGAUGAUGAUGGUGAUGGAGAUGGCGAAUUCGACGGAAUUGAUGAGUGUGUUGACGACCAUCAUGGUGACCUUGAGGAUGACCUUGAGAAUGAAUGUGAGUCAGCUGAUGGUGAUCAUGAUUUUGAAGAUGGUGGUGAUGAUUUCGAUGACGGCGAUGAUGAUGGUGGUGAUGGAGAUGGCGAAUUCGACGGAAUUGAUGAGUGUGUUGACGACCAUCAUGGUGACCUUGAGGAUGACCUUGAGAAUGAAUGUGAGUUAGUUGAUGAUGAUCAUCAUUUUGAAGAUGGUGGUGAUGAUUUCGAUGACGGCGAUGAUGAUGGUGGUGAUGGAGAUGGCGAAUUCGACGGAAUUGAUGAGUGUGUUGACGACCAUCAUGGUGACCUUGAGGAUGACCUUGAGAAUGAAUGUGAGUCAGCUGAUGGUGAUCAUGAUUUCGAAGAUGGUGGUGAUGAUUUCGAUGACGGCGAUGAUGAUGGUGGUGAUGGAGAUGGCGAAUUCGACGGAAUUGAUGAGUGUGUUGACGACCAUCAUGGUGACCUUGAGGAUGACCUUGAGAAUGAAUGUGAGUCAGCUGAUGGUGAUCAUGAUUUUGAAGAUGGUGGUGAUGAUUUCGAUGACGGCGAUGAUGAUGGUGGUGAUGGAGAUGGCGAAUUCGACGAAAUUGAUGAGUGUGUUGACGGCCAUCAUGGUGACCUUGAGGAUGACCUUGAGAAUGAAUGUGAGUCAGCUGAUGGUGAUCAUGAUUUUGAAGAUGGUGGUGAUGAUUUCGAUGACGGCGAUGAUGAUG